AUUGUCACCGAGGAUGUCGUAGUGGUUUGUGUUGUGGUUUGUGCAGCCCUUUGAGACACUAGUGAUUUAGGGCUAUAUAAGUAAACAUUGAUUGAUUGAUUGAUAUUGUUGGUAUCACCUCUCGGUCACUGUCACUCUUCUCUCUGUUAUUUGACUCUUUUUAUUUAAAAAAAAAAAAAAUAGGUGGUGGAAAUUGUUUUUGUGCUGAUAUUUCCUGGUUAAAAAAAAAAAAAAGGGAGUAUUUUUGGCAUACAGCCCAAAACUAAGAAUUGUCGAGUACACGUCGCCGUACGUAGCAACAGCAUUAUCGUCUUUGACCCUUCACCUGUUGCUACUCCAAACUCCGUUCCACCACUUUGUGCUGAUACUUGGCAUGUGACCAUGUCCCAGUUCAAAUGUUUUUCAGGCCCGAGCAGGAAGAAGUGUCCAAAAAAACACAACACACCCCCCCCUCAGGCUGAAGAAUAACCAGGAGAGUGCCGACAAGGAAGUGAAUGCAAAUUUACUUCUUUUUUUUUUUUUUUUUCCCCCUCUAGUGACUUCCUGCUAUGAGUAAUCAUGACAGCAGCUGGGACAGUGCACUUUUCUUCUGAUACUUGGACAUAAAUGAAACAUGGAGAUGAAACAUAAUUAAGGAGAGCCAGAAUCCCACCUGGAGCCCCGACAAGUCUGUGGUCUGCGCCAUGGACCAGCACGCCAAAGUGGAGCGCUUCCUGAAGCUGGGCUACUCCCGGCAGGACAUAGUGAGGGUUCUGGAGAGUCUGCACCAUGACGCCCAGACCAAUGACAUCCUAGAAGAACUCAUCAAGACCUGCCACAUUCGCCAUGACAAGGGCGGCCCGCGCGGCGCCAAACUGGUCCCUAGAGGCUGCGGACCCAGGCCCGCUAGACCGGUACCGGACAAGGAGCCUGCAUCCUGUUUCAGACCUGUGGUUAUAGAUGGAAGCAACGUGGCCAUGAGCCAUGGCGACAAGAAGGUGUUCUCCUGUCAGGGCAUCCAGAUGGCGGUGAAGUGGUUCUGGGAUAAAGGGCUCCGGAACAUCACCGUCUUUAUCCCGCUGUGGAGGAAGGAGCAGCCGCGGCCCGAGACCCCCAUUGCAGACCAACACAUCCUGCAUGAGCUGGAGAGGAGGAACAUCCUGGUGUACACACCCUCGCGCUGUGUCAACGGUAAGAGGGUGGUGUGCUACGACGACCGCUUCAUCGUCAGGUUGGCCUUCGACUCCGACGGCAUCAUCGUGUCCAACGACAACUACCGGGACCUGCAGACCGAGAACCCGCUCUGGAAGAAGUUCAUCGAGGAGAGGCUGCUGAUGUACACCUUUGUCAGUGACAAGUUCAUGCCUCCCGAUGAUCCUUUGGGUCGAAACGGUCCAACUCUUGAUGACUUCCUGCUGAAAAAGCCAAAGAAUGUGGACAACAAACUGCAACUUUGUCCUUACGGUUACAAGUGCACUUAUGGAGUCAAGUGCAAGUUCUACCACCCAGAAAGAAGCAACCAGUCCCAGCUGUCCGUGGCCGACGAGCUCCGGGCGCAGAUCGACAGAACCAAGACCUCAACCCUGAAAGACAAGGACUCGCACCCCAGCCCUGAUGCGUACCAGUCUGAGCGCACCCCCGCAGACCUCUACCACAGAGACCACCUGGGGCCGCCCGGACCCAACCUGGAGGUGGACGAGGCCUUCGGCUCCAUGGACAGCUGCAAGUCCAAGGUCCACAUCCACAGCUACAGCAGCGGUGUGGCCAGCUACCUGAGCCAGGACUCCUCGCCGGGGUCUCACUACCACACCCCGGCUGGCCCGGACUCCUUGCCGGGGUCUCAGUACUACACCCCCUUGGUCUACGGUUCUGUGUGCACCUGCUGCAUGGGUGGAGGCCGGCAGGCCAGGGGGUCCCGCGGCCCCCCCGCUUGGUCCUCCUGUCCCCCCUUGACCCCAGACCACGCCUCCUCGUACUUGGCGGAGGAUCCCUGGUCCAGGCGGACCAAGUCCAGCCACGUCUUGCCCAGAGACUCUCAGGUCCGCGGGGAGACCGAGGAGCAGCGCAGGGAGAUGAGGAGCAAGCUGAGCACGCUCUUCCCCAAGGAGACUGUGGACCAAGUCAUGGACGCGUACCCUCAGGUCUCGGACUUGUUUGAACUGAUAUCACUCAUCAGGAACAACAUCUGAAUCGAGUCCCUACACCAAGUCCUGGUGUCACAAUAUCUAUUCCCUCCACCAAGUCUUAAUGCCACAAUAUCUAGUCCCUCCACCAAGUCCUGAUGUCACAAUUUCUAGUCCCUCUACCAAGUCCUGGUGUCACAAAAUCUAGUCCCUCCACCAAGUCCUGGUGUCCCAAUAUCUAUUCCCUCCACCAAGUCUUAAUGCCACAAUAUCUAGUCCCUCCACCAAGUCCUGAUGUCACAAUUUCUAGUCCCUCUACCAAGUCCUGGUGUCACAAAAUCUAGUCCCUCCACUAAGUCUUAAUGCCACAAUAUCUAGUCCCUCUACCAAGUCCUGGUGUCACAAUAUCUAGUCCUUCCACCAAGUCUUAAUACCACAAUAUCUAGUCCCUCCACCAAGUCCUGGUGUCACAAUAUCUAGUCCUUCCACCAAGUCUUAAUACCACAAUAUCUAGUCCCUCCACCAAGUCUUAAUGCCACAAUAUCUAGUCCCUCUACCAAGUCCUGGUGUUACAAUAUCUAGUCCCUCCACCAAGUCCUGGUGUCACAAUAUCUAGUCCCUCCACCAAGUCUUAAUGCCACAAUAUCUAGUCCCUCCACCAAGUCCUGGUGUCACAAUAUCUAGUCCCUCCACCAAGUCCUGGUGUAACAAUAUCUAGUCCCUCCACCAAGUCCUGGUGUCACAAUAUCUAGUCCCUCCACCAAGUCCUGGUGUCACAAUAUCUAGUCCCUCCACCAAGUCUUAAUGUCACAAAAAUCUAGUCCCUCCACCCAGUCUUAAUACCACAAUAUCUAGUCCCUCCAAGUCCUGAUGUCACAAUAUCUAGUCCCUCCACCAAGUCUUAAUGUCACAAAAAUCUAGUCCCUCCUCCCAGUCUUAAUACCACAAUAUCUAGUCCCUCCACCAAGUCCUGGUGUAACAAUAUCUAGUCCCUCCACCAAGUCCUGGUGUCACAAUAUCUAGUCCCUCUAUCAAGUCCUGGUGUCCCAAUAUCUAGUCCCUCCACCAAGUCAUGGUGUCCCAAUAUCUAGUCCCUCCACCAAGUCAUGGUGAACCAAUAUCUAGUCCCUCCACCGAGUCAUGGUGAACCAAUAUCUAGUCCCUCCACCAAGUCCUGGUGUCCCAAUUUCUAGUCCCUCCACCAAGUCCUGAUGUCAAAAUAUCUAGUCCCUCCACCAAGUCCUGAUGUCCCAAUUUCUAGUCCCUCCACCAAGUCCUGAUGUCAAAAUAUCUAGUCCUUCCACCAAGUCCUGGUGUAACAAUAUCUAGUCCCUCCACCAAGUCCUGGUGUCACAAUAUCUAGUCCCUCCCCCAAGUCUUAAUGCCACAAUAUCUAGUCCCUACACCAAGUCCUGGUGUCCCAAUAUCUAGUCCCUCCACCGAGUCAUGGUGAACCAAUAUCUAGUCCCUCCACCAAGUCCUGAUGUCACAAUUUCUAGUCCCUCCACCAAGUCCUGAUGUCAAAAUAUCUAGUCCUUCCACCAAGUCCUGGUGUAACAAUAUCUAGUCCCUCCACCAAGUCCUGGUGUCACAAUAUCUAGUCCCUCCACCAAGUCUUAAUGUCACAAAAAUCUAGUCCCUCCACCCAGUCUUAAUACCACAAUAUCUAGUCCCUCCAAGUCCUGAUGUCACAAUAUCUAGUCCCUCCACCAAGUCUUAAUGUCACAAAAAUCUAGUCCCUCCUCCCAGUCUUAAUACCACAAUAUCUAGUCCCUCCACCAAGUCCUGGUGUAACAAUAUCUAGUCCCUCCACCAAGUCCUGGUGUCACAAUAUCUAGUCCCUCUAUCAAGUCCUGGUGUCCCAAUAUCUAGUCCCUCCACCAAGUCCUGGUGUCAAAAUAUCUAGUCCUUCCACCAAGUCCUGGUGUCACAAUAUCUAGUCCCUCCACCAAGUCUUAAUACCACAAUAUCUAGUCCCUCCACCAAGUCCUUGUGUCACAAUAUCUAGUCCCUCCACCAAGUCUUAAUGCCACAAUAUCUAGUCCCUCCACCAAGUCCUGGUGUCACAAUAUCUAGUCCCUCCACCAAGUCCUGGUGUCACAAUAUCUAGUCCCUCCACCAAGUCCUGAUGUCACAAUAUCUAGUCCCUCCACCAAGUCCUGGUGUAACAAUAUUUAGUCCCUCAACCAAGUCUUAAUACCACAAUAUCUAGUCCCUCCACCAAGUCCUGAUGUCACAAUAUCUAGUCCCUCAACCAAGUCUUAAUACCACAAUAUCUAGUCCCUCCACCAAGUCCUGGUGUCCCAAUAUCUAGUCCCUCCACCAAGUCUUAAUACCACAAUAUCUAGUCCCUCCACCAAGUCCUUGUGUCACAAUAUCUAGUCCCUCCACCAAGUCUUAAUGCCACAAUAUCUAGUCCCUCCACCAAGUCCUGGUGUCACAAUAUCUAGUCCCUCCACCAAGUCCUGGUGUCACAAUAUCUAGUCCCUCCACCAAGUCCUGAUGUCACAAUAUCUAGUCCCUCCACCAAGUCCUGGUGUAACAAUAUUUAGUCCCUCAACCAAGUCUUAAUACCACAAUAUCUAGUCCCUCCACCAAGUCCUGGUGUCACAAUUUCUAGUCCCUCUACUAAGUCCUGGUGUCACAAUAUCUAGUCCCUCCACCAAGUCCUGGUGCCACAAUAUCUAGUCCUCCACCAAGUCCUGGUGUCACAAUAUCUAGUCCCUCCACCAAGUCUUAAUACCACAAUAUCUAGUCCCUCCACCAAGUCCUUGUGUCACAAUAUCUAGUCCCUCCACCAAGUCUUAAUACCACAAUAUCUAGUCCCUCCACCAAGUCUUAAAACCACAAUAUCUAGUCCCUCCACCAAGUCUUAAUACCACAAUAUCUAGUCCCUCCACCAAGUCCUGGUGUCACAAUUUCUAGUCCCUCUACUAAGUCCUGGUGUCACAAUAUCUAGUCCCUCCACCAAGUCCUGGUGCCACAAUAUCUAGUCCUCCACCAAGUCCUGGUGUCCCAAUAUCUAGUCCCUCCACCAAGUUUUAAUACCACAAUAUCUAGUCCCUCCACCAAGUCCUUGUGUCACAAUAUCUAGUCCCUCCACCAAGUCUUAAUGCCACAAUAUCUAGUCCCUCCACCAAGUCCUGGUGUCACAAUAUCUAGUCCCUCCACCAAGUCCUGGUGUCACAAUAUCUAGUCCCUCCACCAAGUCCUGAUGUCACAAUAUCUAGUCCCUCCACCAAGUCCUGGUGUAACAAUAUUUAGUCCCUCAACCAAGUCUUAAUACCACAAUAUCUAGUCCCUCCACCAAGUCCUGGUGUCACAAUUUCUAGUCCCUCUACUAAGUCCUGGUGUCACAAUAUCUAGUCCCUCCACCAAGUCCUGGUGCCACAAUAUCUAGUCCUCCACCAAGUCCUGGUGUCACAAUAUCUAGUCCCUCUACUAAGUCCUGGUGUCACAAUAUCUAGUCCCUCCACCAAGUCCUGGUGUCACAAUAUCUAGUCCCUCCACCAAGUCUUAAUACCACAAUAUCUAGUCCCUCCACCAAGUCCUUGUGUCACAAUAUCUAGUCCCUCCACCAAGUCUUAAUACCACAAUAUCUAGUCCCUCCACCAAGUCUUAAAACCACAAUAUCUAGUCCCUCCACCAAGUCCUGGUGUCACAAUAUCUAGUCCCUCCACCAAGUCUUAAAACCACAAUAUCUAGUCCCUCCACCAAGUCUUAAUACCACAAUAUCUAGUCCCUCCACCAAGUCCUGGUGUCACAAUUUCUAGUCCCUCUACUAAGUCCUGGUGUCACAAUAUCUAGUCCCUCCACCAAGUCCUGGUGCCACAAUAUCUAGCCCUCCACCAAGUCCUGGUGUCCCAAUAUCUAGUCCCUCCACCAAGUCUUAAUACCACAAUAUCUAGUCCCUCCACCAAGUCCUUGUGUCACAAUAUCUAGUCCCUCCACCAAGUCUUAAUACCACAAUAUCUAGUCCCUCCACCAAGUCUUAAAACCACAAUAUCUAGUCCCUCCACCAAGUCUUAAUACCACAAUAUCUAGUCCCUCCACCAAGUCCUGGUGUCACAAUUUCUAGUCCCUCUACUAAGUCCUGGUGUCACAAUAUCUAGUCCCUCCACCAAGUCCUGGUGCCACAAUAUCUAGUCCUCCACCAAGUCCUGGUGUCCCAAUAUCUAGUCCCUCCACCAAGUCUUAAUACCACAAUAUCUAGUCCCUCCACCAAGUCCUUGUGUCACAAUAUCUAGUCCCUCCACCAAGUCUUAAUGCCACAAUAUCUAGUCCCUCCACCAAGUCUUAAUGCCACAAUAUCUAGUCCCUCCACCAAGUCCUGGUGUCACAAUAUCUAGUCCCUCCACCAAGUCCUGGUGUCACAAUAUCUAGUCCCUCCACCAAGUCCUGAUGUCACAAUAUCUAGUCCCUCAACCAAGUCUUAAUACCACAAUAUCUAGUCCCUCCACCAAGUCCUGGUGUCACAAUUUCUAGUCCCUCUACUAAGUCCUGGUGUCACAAUAUCUAGUCCUCCACCAAGUCCUGGUGUCACAAUAUCUAGUCCCUCCACCAAGUCUUAAUACCACAAUAUCUAGUCCCUCCACCAAGUCUUAAUACCACAAUAUCUAGUCCCUCCACCAAGUCCUUGUGUCACAAUAUCUAGUCCCUCCACCAAGUCUUAAUGCCACAAUAUCUAGUCCCUCCACCAAGUCCUGGUGUCACAAUAUCUAGUCCCUCCACCAAGUCCUGAUGUCACAAUAUCUAGUCCCUCCACCAAGUCCUGGUGUAACAAUAUUUAGUCCCUCAACCAAGUCUUAAUACCACAAUAUCUAGUCCCUCCACCAAGUCCUGAUGUCACAAUAUCUAGUCCCUCAACCAAGUCUUAAUACCACAAUAUCUAGUCCCUCCACCAAGUCCUGGUGUCACAAUAUCUAGUCCCUCUACCAAGUCCUAAUGCCACAAUAUCUAGUCCCUCCACCAAGUCCUGAUGUCACAAUAUCUAGUCCCUCAACCAAGUCUUAAUACCACAAUAUCUAGUCCCUCCACCAAGUCCUGGUCUCACAAUAUCUAGUCCCUCCACCAAGUCCUGUUCUCACAAUAUCUAGUCCCUCCACCAAGUCCUGAUGUCACUAAAUCUAGUCCCUAGUCCUCCAAAUAGUUGUCAUAAAACGCCGACACUGAAAAGGUGUGUUAUGGCGCCAUCUUUUGGACAAGUUCUCUUACUGCAGGAGGCUUGGAAAUGUACUUACCUUUUCAUGCCUUGAACCGGAAGUAUAUAUUCUUCAUUCCUCACUACCAAGUGACGUUGGUAAGUUUUAUAAUAGAACUGAAACUAAUUACAGUCCCGUGUGUGACGUCUGUUGGCGUGCAUAUUUAUACGCGCCAUCGUAACGUAAUCAAGCUAGCGUUGUUAGCAUUAGCGAAUAUGCUAACAUGUUUAUGAGAGUCUGUGUCAAUAUUAUUAACUUAAACUUGCAUAAUUUUCGUAUUGUUUCACUUUGGUAAAGUCACCAAGACGUCAGGGUGGAGUUAUUGAGUCUGUUUGGCUGAUUUGUGUGUCCAUGAGCAUGACUUCUGUUUUGUUUGAUCAGCCGUUUUACUGCCCUGUUUCUGGCACAAUAUAUCUCUGCUGCGACUCAUACAAAGACAACAUAUUUGAUGUUCAAACUGAUAAACAUUAUUUGCAAAUAAUCAUUAACUUUAGAAUUUGAUGCCAGCAACACGUGACAAAGAAGUUGGGAAAGGUGGCAAUAAAUACUGAUAAAGUUGAGGAAUGCUCAUCAAACACUUAUAUGGAACAUCCCACAGGUGUGCAGGCUAAUUGGGAACAGGUGGGUGCCAUGAUUGGGUAUAAAAGCAGCUUCCAUGAAAUGCUAAGUAAUUCACAAACAAGGAUGGGGUGAGGGUCACCAAUUUGUAAGAAAAAUUGUCGAACAGUUUUAGAACAACAUUUCUCAACGAGCUAUUGCAAGGAAUUUAGAGAUUUUACCAUCUACGGUCUGUAAAAUCAUCAAACAGGUUCAGAGAAUCUGGAGAAAUCACUGCACGUAAGCGAUGAUAUUACGGACUUUUGAUCCGUAAUAUCCGUAAAAACCGACAUCAGUGUGUAAAGGAUAUCACCACGUGGGCUCAGGAACACUUCAUAAAACCACUGUCAGUAACUACAGUUGGUCACUACAUCUGUAAGUGUAAGUUAAAACUCUACUAUGCAAAGCCAAACCCAUUUAUCAACAACACCCAGAACGUCGCCGGCUUCAUUGGGCCCCAGCUCACCUAAGAUGGACUGAUGCAAAGUGGAAAAGUGUUCUGUGGUCUGACGAGUCCACAUUUCAAAUUAUAUUUGGAAACUGUUGACGUGGUGACCUCCGGAACAAAGAGGAAAGUAACUAUUUGGAUUGUUAUAGGCGCAAAGUUGAAAAGCCAGCAUGUGUGAUGGUAUGGGGGUGUAUUAGUGCCCAAGGCAUGGGUAACUUACACAUCUGUGAAGGCACCAUUAAUGCUGAAAGGUACAUACUGGUUUUGGAGCAACAUAUGUUGUCAUCCAAGCAACGUUAUCAUGGACGCCCCUGCUUAUUUCAGCAAGACGGGUGUUACAUCAGCGUGGUUUCAUAGUAAAAGCGUGUAGGUACUUUCCUGCAGUCCAGACCUGUCUCCCAUGGAAAAUGUGUGGCACAUUAUGAAGCGUAAAAUACGACAGCGGAGAACCCGGACUGUUGAAGGACUGAAGCUCUACAUAAAACAAGAAUGGGAAAGAAUUCCACUUUCAAAGCUUCAACAAUUAGUUUCCUCAGUUCCCAAACGUUUAUUGAGUGUUGUUAAAAGAAAAGGUGAUGUAACACCGUGGUGAACAUGCCCUUUCCCAACUACUUUGGCACGUGUUGCAGCCAUGAAAUUCUAAGUUAAUUAUUAUUUUGCAAAAAAAAAUAAAGUCAAUGAGUUUGAACAUCAAAUGUGUUGUCUUUGUAGCAUAUUCAACUGAAUAUGGGUUGAAAAGGAUUUCCCAACUCAUAUGGAAACGGGGUUUGUACAUGCAAACAUAUUUUUUUCUUCUGAAAUCUGGAGGCUUAAAUAAUGCUGUGCUCUCGAGUCCUGGAAACAUUCAGAAGUCAAAUUUGAAUAAUAUGUAAUAAUAUAUCUAAUUAAAAAUGAAUGAAUUGAAAUGUUCCAAUAAGAAUUGUGUAUAAAGUCAAAAAUGAGCUCAACACUUCUUUAGCAAGCUCACUUUUGUUCAGGCAGCUUUGAAUUGUUUUUAAAACAAAUUCCAUGAAGUUGUUUUUGUGUAAAAAAAACAAAAAGUAAACAACUUGGUAGUUGAUGUUGAUUUAUUUGUUGUUCAACUGGUGAUGGCUUUGGAGGUUUGCUAUUUCUGGGCUUUUAGGAGGUUUAAAGUGCAAUGCACUGUGCUCCCGACAUGCUACUACUUCCUGUAGCUUUUCAAAUUAAAGCAGCAAGUGUUGUUUUCUCCUGUUGCCUCAAAGUGAGGAAUAAUAUAUUGCGUGUAGUAUAAGUAAAGGACGAUGUUUCUUAAUGAAUUGAACAUGAUGACUUUAUUGUUGUUUGUGGCGAACACUUUAAUAAACACAAAAUGAAAUAAAUCUUGUUUAACAGCG